GGAGCUGAGCGCGUUUGCCAGAUAGACGACUCGCAGUCGGGUGUUUAUUUAUCGAUCAGUCACCAUUUUCCCAGUGCUCGGUUGAUAGCUGUAUACACAACAGAUGUUGGCGUGACUUCAUCGACAAAAUAGGUUGUGUACGCGAUGGGCAGACCAACUCCGAGUAAAUCCAGGCGCAGAGAUCCAAACGCGUCCGCCUUCUCGAUCAGAUCCACUGACGUGCGCCCGAUCGCAGACACGCCCUGUCACUAUCCGUUCGCCUCUGACGACGUCAUCUAUCCUUCAGCGAUAUAUAAUGCUCGCCAUCCAUCCUCUCGCCCCCAUUGCUCCUUGCCCUCCGCCUCCUUCCACCCCGCUAUAUCCGUCUCACACCCCGCCCCAUGUCCAGUAACACGCACCCACAGCUCCCGACCGACUCCUCGCUCCCCGGCGAGCACUUCGAGGUCCGCCAGACCGCACAGAGCGACGACUACCACCCGGACCCCUCGCGCUCGCUCCCGCUGCCCCCCGCGCGCCAGCGCUUGCUCGACGACAUCCUCGCGCUCUACUCAUGCCAGCCGACCCGCGAGCGCGUCAGCCGCUACACCCCCGACUGCGUGUACGACGACCAGUUCGUGUAUGCGGACGACCGGUACAAGAUGGCGGGCCAGUGGUUCGCGCUGCCGAAGCUCUUCAAGGAGAGCCGCAACGAGGGGUACCAGGUGGUCGUGAACGACCCACUGCUGAUCCAGUUCAAGAACGAGCAGACAUGGGUGUUCCCCGGCGGCAUCAAGUCGACGACGAUCAACGCGCUCGUGUCGCUGUCUCUCGACCCCGCAUCCGCAGACUCGGACUUUCCCCAGGUCAAGUACCACAAGGACCAGGCGAAUGGCAAGGACUACUCGCACACUGGCGCGGGGUUCGCGUUCAAAAAGUGGCAGGCGGAUCGUGUUGCUGGGAUGAUGGACAGCGAGGACGUGCAAGCGUUCAAGGCGGACGGGAAGAAGGAAUACCACGAGGACGUCCGCAGGUACAAGAAUGGUGAGGCGGACGCCCCGAAGAAAGACCUCUGA